AAGAAAGCAGCAACUGAACUGCCCGUAGUUGUGCUAAGGCUGCCACUAUACGACCAAGCACCUUUAGUUUGGACUCUUCGGUUUACGGUAAUUGACCCAAGACUUGAAUCAGCCCGAGUCUAAUAUUGGCUUGUCUCGUCCUUCGUCCGCGUCCACUCUUGCGUCUUCGUUUCUUGGGUUCCUCUCCUACAGUUUAUUGGCAUCUACACCUACAUAUCUAUAUCUGCACAUCGCUUCCAGAACGGUCGACACUCUCCCUUGUCCUCUCAUCACCAGCAACUGUCACUCAGGUCAAAUCGUCAUUGUGGUCUCUGCUUCCAAUUUCGGGCCCCAUCAUAACUCUUUUGCGGCAUCGGCAUCGGCAUCGGCAUCGCAAGCUUUCUCGUCUCUGCGCCAUUGUCAGAUAUUUCUAUUGUAUGUAUCUACGCCGAUCAGCUGGAUACUCACCGACCAAGUCCGACUGGAACGCAUCUUGAUACUCUAUCUCGACUGUUACGAUUCUGUAAAUAUCUCUCGUCACCUUCGCUUGGUGUCAACUUUCUCCGCUUUUGGUGCUGCUUCAACGACUAGUUCCAUCUUGUGCAGCCUUGACUGGCGCAUUUCACGACUCGCUCGGCUGAUCAAAAAAACUCACUUGUGAUUGCCUCUAUUCGAUCAACAUCCGCCGCAACCCGGCCAUGAUGAGUUCGACGGCAUGGAACGGGCAGGACCAGACAAUGGCCUCGACUGGUGAGGACGACUUUCAUCAAUUUCUCGACAUGAGCAGCAUGGGAAGUUUGGGCGAUGGCAUGCACUUCGACUUCCAAUCCUUCCAAGAUGGCUCUGCUCAGGGUCUGAUGAACCAGGCGCGAGAUGCCCCCGACACAAUAAUGACCGACUCCGAUAAUCCAGGCCUAAUGUCUACGCCAAACACGAUGCCCAUGUCAACGUCCACGGUUCAAUCAACCAUUCCCGCGCACAUGAUGACGCCCGCAAGCGAUCCGAUUUCUAAUAUCGACGCCCAGAUUCAAUAUCUCCAACAACAAAAGUUCCAGCAGCAGCAGCGCCAGAUGCAAGAGCAGCAGGUGGCUUUCUUCCAUAAUCACAACCACUCAGUGCCCCCUACACCGCAAAGUCUCGAGAUGCCCAACAGUGGACAGUUCUAUUCACAGGCUGAGCAAAUUCCGACAUCAGGUGCCUACGACAGAAGUUAUCACCAGCGGAUGAAGGAGCAAGAUAUGGCAUUCACACCUCUCGUUUCCCCCGCAGUUACCCCUUUGGACCCCAACUUCUCCAUGGACAGCGGCUAUACUAUCCCCAGCGCCUAUUUUAGUCCUCUGACUUCACCAGCUCUCCACGCACAGAAUGACCCCUCUACAGUCUACGAUCCCCGCCUUACCAACACCGACAAUUCACCAGUCGAUGUAGAUCUCGACAGAUCGGCUGCUCCCGUUACCUCCGUUUUGGACCUGCCCAAGAAGGCUGCAAGAAAAAAGACCGCGACCAAGGCACGGGCAAAGGCUAGCAUUCGAAGUUCUCCCAUCGUCAAGCCUCAGCGCCGGAAAACAGGUCCCAGUCCGGCCAUCGUCUCACAUGUACUCAGUGAAGUCGAGGAGAACAGUGGCGCCUUUCUUCCUAUGCCUGCGACCUCUGCCGAGACCUCGGCAGAAGAGAAUUCAUCAGUAUCCCCUGAGGCCCUCUCGGAGAUGCCCCCACCGCCAAUCCCCAACAGGAGAUCGACCAGCAAAUCCCCAUACAUCCAAGCGCAGUCGAGCAACCAGCAAACACCUGUCUCUGGCCCUGUUGAUUCACGUCCAGCUCCAGCUACUCCCGCAUCGCUCAUGAAACUCCCGGCAUCCAGGGCAAGCAAGCAGGCGAAUGGGCCUCAAGGGCCGGUUGUGUCUGAGCAUAUUGAAUCGCUCGAGUUGCCUGAGUCGGUAUCUGGCAAGACCAUGACCCCGGUCAUCUCGCGCUCUUCUGUGCAGUCUCCUUCCGUAGAACCUAUGUCUCGACGAGGGUCGAGCUUUCAGCCAUUGCCAUCACCAGUUUUCCCUAAGGCUUCAGGAUCUGCAUCAGCAAGUGCGAGCCCCCAAUUAGCUCCCGGUUCGGCAGGCCCAUCCGCACGGAAAACUCCUCAGCUCGCGCCUCGGUCGAGCAGGAAAAGGUCGACAGGUUCAGUACAUGUUUCGCCUGCACUGUUGCCUCGAAUAUCCCCUAGCAUCAAGCCUCUUCUCCCGGGCACACCAGGUAUGACACCAGCGGAGAGUGCUGCAUCGCAAUUGCUCAUGUCGAAAUCCAACUACCAAAAUAUCCUCGAGGGCAAUAAGGUGCCAGGCGUUUCAUACCCGAGCGAGCUUUCAACAAAUCUCACAUCAAAGCGAACGUCACACAAAAUCGCGGAGCAGGGGCGGCGUAACCGAAUCAACUCGGCGUUACAGGUCAUGGCUGGAUUAUUGCCUGGUGGAGACAAGACGAAUCUUGCAGAUGAAGGUGACAAGAAGGAUGGGAAACAAGCGAACGCGCAAAACAGCAAGGCCAGUGUUGUCGAAAACGCCAUUGUGCACAUGAAGAGCCUUGAGAAAGAAAACGGCGAUCUGAAGAAAGAGGUGGAGGAACUUAAAAGACGACUGGAGGGGCUGCAAGGGUCAACAGACGAUAAAGAAAAAGCAUGACAAAGAGGAUCUGGGUGCAUCUAGUUCACCACAUGAUAUACACGGGCGUUGAACAGGCGGGAACCUCCCUGGUGCAUAAUUGGGUAGGUCUGGCACAUGAUGGGCUCAAAUCUCUUCGUAAUAUCCUCAAGGGCGGCAGCGAUUUUUGUUUCGGCGUUUUGCUUGCGGUGUUGAACAGGGCGGGAUACUAGACGGGUGCCUCUGGGCCUAGAUGGGCUUGUUGUAGAGUGUAUUUGUUGAAAUCGCUAGACGAAGCAGUAGAUGAUCUAAGUUGGUAAACGAGGAAUUGACGGCCUCAGAAGAGUUGUGGAGCACGGGAAUACCAGAACUAAAUAGCAAAGGUCAAGUUAACAAGCACACAGUGAGGCGAGACAUGGGUCCAAGCUCUGAGAUGUCGAGGAGUGACAUGAAUUAGAGGAUAAACGUGGUGAAGUAGUUUUGGCUGGGGGGGGGUCUGGAGCAUUGUUUAUUGUUGUGAGAUAUGGAUGGCUGUUAUUGUUGAUGAUCAAGAACGUCAGUAUCUAACUGCUCCAUAACCUCCACCACAAGUUUCAAGCUCUCCAUGAAGCCGUUGACAGCGACUCGGAGCAUUCGAUUGGUUGUGGCCCUGUAAUGAACCUCGAGAAGCUGGAUAUCUGUAUCGUCACCAGAUGGGGAACCCUGCGUUGACUUCGGCGCUGGGACAACGGUGAGCUGUCGCCUAACGAGUGGGGAGAGUUCAGGGUCCACCUGAAUGGCCUUGAGGGCGGUUGUGGCCAGUCGAGCGGUGGGAAAGGGGACGUUGAGGACACUGAGUACAAGGGUAGGGGGUCAGCAAAGAGAACGAGAAUAACAACAAUAACAACAACAGCCAGCCUUGGCCUUGGUAGCCUCAGACUUGGGGUCGUCAUCGUCACAGGACAGGGGGGUGGCUUGCAUGGAGCAGGGAAAUUCGGGAUCGGGAAUGGCGGUCAUGGUUGUGAUUGUGGCGGAAGUGGUCACUGCUUUGGUAACGACGCUCUAAUCUCUCUUGGUUGUUGUGAUCGAUCUAUUCGUUUCCCGAUGCUUAAAUAUUCUGGUCCUGCGGUAGUUUUAUAAUGACGAUACUAGCGUUGGCCUCUGCUGUGACGAGGAAUGGAGAUCUAAGCCGAAAAUCGAAAGGACAGGAACGUCAACCCCUGAGAAGUUUUGC